AUGGCAGAAGAACUUAUUCAACAAUUAAAAGAAAAUGAAAAGGGUUAUAUUGACGAUAUUUAUAAAAAUCAUUCUCACCAACAAAUUGAAAAUACUACUUUACAACAAUUAAAAGGUUUUCUUGCUGAUAAAUCUGAUGAAUUAAAACAAGCCGUUUAUGAUAACUAUCAAGAAUUCUUAGCUAUUACUAGAAGAUUAGAAGAAAUUGAACAAGAUUUUAUGACAAUUCAUACACAAUUUAAUGCUAUAGGAACUGAACUUGAUGAAUUAAAUCAACACUAUGCAACUGAAAUGAGAGAACAACAAUCUAAAUUAGAUAAAUUAAUUACAGAACGAUCUUCAUUUCUUAAUAUCUCUAAUUCAUUAAAUAGUGAAAAUAAUGAUAUGACUAGUAAAAUACCACAACUUAGAAAUGAUAUUAAAUACAUAUUAGAUGCACCAAGUUUACUUCAAGUGUAUUUAUCACAAUGGAAUUUUGAUGAAUGUAUUAAAAUUCAUGAUAAUGUUAGAAAUUUACUUAAUAAAAAUAAUGAUUUAAAAAAUGUAUUAAAAGGACAUGUUGCAUUAGAUCAAUUUGAAGAAAUGAUUGAUCACAUUGUAGAUAAAUUAAAAAAGAGAUUAUUUGAUUUAUCUUUAUCAUCUCGUCAAACAGUAGUAAUUAUUAAUCAUUUAAAAAAAGUAACAAAUGAAGAAAAAGCUAUGUUAAUUUUCUUAGAUGCAAGAACAAAAACAGCAAAAGAAAGAAUUGAAAGAGAACUUCAUUCUGAAAAUUUAAGUUUAGUAACUCAAAAUGUUUGUUCAUUUGCAUUUCCAUUAAUUAAAUCUACACAUAGUGUAUUUAUUACUUCAUUUCCAGUUGCUCCAACAUCAUGUUUUGCAUCAUGGAAUAUUUCUUUAAUAAAUUUUGUAAUGAAUAGUUUAGAAAAGAAAAUAGCAAAUAAAGAAGUUAAACAAAAUUCUAUUAAAGUUGAUUGUGUUGAUAAAAUUAUAACAUUAUAUGAUAUUGUUCCUCAAGAACUUUCAUUAGUAUUUAUUGUAAGAAAAUAUUUAUCUAAUAUUGUUCGAAGUUUAUCUAAAUCAAAAGAUGAAAUUGAUCCUAAAAUGAUUCAAAAAUUAACAAGUCAUGGGUUUGGUUUUCCAUUCUAA